AAAUUUAAAAAUCUUUGCCGAUAAAUUUAUGUCAUUCAAUUUUCAAUUUUUUUUGUUUUAUCACAUGAAAAAUGUUUUACAAAUGUCACCUUAUUAAUAAUAAUAAUAAUAGUACUAUCAUUAUUACUAUACUAUGAAUUAUGAAUACUAUGAAAAUGACCGCCUGAGCAAUACCAUUACUACUAAUAAUAAUAAUGUUUCAUACAUUGUCUAAAAGGAAAUAGUUUUAUGAUCUGACAACAGAAAAAUCAAGUUCUGGCCAUUAUUAUUAUUAUUACUAACAUUACAUUCUUACAACUGUCGAUAGAAAGUAGAAGAAAAAAAUUACAUAGUGAUUUUUGUUUAAAAAUUCAACAAAGUAUUUAUGUACACAAGUAAAACAAAUGUGUAUAUGAUCUAUUGAACAUUUAUUGAAAUAUACAUAUAUAUUCAGAAUUAACCAUUAAUCAUUUGGAUUUCUUUUUUAGUUGUUGUAAUAUCCUGUAUAUGUGUCUCCGUUUCUUUGUAACUAUCCACUUUGGGCGUAUACAAACCUAUACAUAAAUGUCUGUGCAUUGUUUUUUUUUUACUCUUUUACUUACUCUAUUCUAAUUCAACAAUCCUAUUUAUAAAUAAAGGAAAUAUUAUCAAUUUACAUACUUAAGUAUCAUUAAUAAUUAUUUUGUAAUCAAAUAUAAAUAAUUGUGAACUAUUUACCUAACGGAGGAGAAAAGUGUGCAAAAAAAGAAACAUUUAUUCAUUCCUAUUCGUUAACUAUACACCUAGACACACAUACAUAUGUAUCCAUACAUACAAUAGUAAAAUAUCUAAACAUUUACUUACAAUACAUAAUUCAUACAAAGUCAAUAUUUAUCUCAAAUUAUAAAUUAAUAGGAACAAUCAUUUCUUUAUACAAUUACAAAAAUCCUAUUCAGUGAACUUAAUUUAUAAUUAUCAUCAAAUGAGUGUUCUACUCAGUAUGCAAAAUUCGCAAACGAUUGCAAAUUUACCUAAACAUGCGAUUGGUUCUAAUUAUCCUACAAGGAUAAAUAAUCUUUCAAAUAUUAUUGUUACUAAUAGGGGUAGUAUUGGUUGUAGUGGUGGGGAUGAUGAUGAUGAUGACGAUGAUGAUGAUAGUAACAGGGGUAAUCAUGUAUCAGUUUCUAAUUAUUCUUCACUUCCAUCAGGGAAUGAUUUCACACAGAUAUCAUAUAGUGAUAAUCAAUAUGUUGAUGCAUAUAUGAGGCAUAUAACAAAAUCAACAAGAACAAUUGCAACAACAGGGAUCUUAGGUUCAGUGAAUAAUGUCAUAACACAAUCCCAACAGCGCCAACCUCCUCCUCCCCCUCUACCACCUCCAACGCCUCAUAAACAAUAUCUUAAAGUAUCAUCUACUUCAGUGUUAACCCAAUCAUCUCAUUCAGUAUCAGAUAAUCAAAGAUCAACACUGGAAUUAAAUCCCCGAUUUCAAACAGAACAGAACAAUCGAUUGGUCUUGUUUAAGACAAAAUCAGAAAAUGUAUGUGAUAUUAUUGAUGAUGAUUUGCAAACUGUGGAAGAGUCGGAUUCAUUGGACAUUGAACUGACAGUAAAUAAUAAUAAUAAUAAUAAUAUUAAUGCUAAUAAUAAUCGUUCACAUCAGUCGUCAUCGUCAAUUUCUCAACAAUCACCAAUUCAAACACGACAACACAGUUUUCCUGAAUAUCAUCCACAUCAUCAUUAUCAACAGGAAAUGUUGGAUUCAUGCUCGAAUUCAAUUGAUUUAUUUAAUAAUUCCAAUGUAGAAAAUGUUGUAUGCCUUUCAAAUCAUUCACAUUUUAUGCAAACAAAUCGAAGAAACACUGAAGAUUUUGAAUUUGAUGCCAUGAAUCAAGUGACGAUGAUGCGUAAUGCAAAUUUUCAUUCACAAAUACAACAAAUACAACACAGUGAUGAACACCCACAUACACGCCAUCAUCAACAUGAUUUUUAUCAAUUUCCAAAUAAUUCAUGGAAAUAUCUUAACUCUAAACAGUCUUCUGUUCCAAUUACUAAUCAAAAUGAUAAUGUUGAUAACGAUUUACUUAAUAAAUUUAAUAUAUCUACAAAUUCAAUUGUAUCAGCAAGAGAAAAUUGUAAUACUACUACUACUACUACCACAACAACUACUACUUCUAUUACUGCUACUAAUACUACUAUUGAUAAUAUGAGUAAUAAUAGUAAUAAUGAUGAUCCACUUGUUACCAAUCAUACUUUUACAACAUCCCAUUCUGUUCGUAAUUAUCCUUCAUUUACUAAUAAUAACAUUCCAACCGGACAAUUAUUGGACUCAGUAUCAUCUUAUCAUGUAUUAUCAACGAAAUUAUCGUCAUCAUCAUCAUUAUCAUCCACAUCAUCAUCGUGUACAUCACCAUUAACAUCAAGAAAUAAUAGUACAUUGAUGAUGCCAAUAAUUAAUCAACAUACAUUACAAAAUUUACAACAAUUACAUAAAAAUGAACGUUUAUCAAAUAAAUAUUCUAAUCAAACAACAAUGAAUAUUAAUAGUAGUAACAAUAAUAAUAAUAGUAGUAAUAAUCGUCAACCAAAUAUCACUGUAAUUUAUCCAUGGAUGAAACGUGUACAUUCUAAAGCAUCUAGACAAACGGUAGGAAAAUCAUUAAAUGCUAAGCAUCAAAUUAAAAAACAAACUGCAUUAGUAAAUCCAAUUCAACAUUUAGAACCUGAAGAACUAAUUAAACAACACUACCAUCAUCAUCAACAUACAGAACAUUUUAAAAAUAAAGAGUUAAAACCAAAUACAAAACACAUAAGCACUGAACAACAUUUAAAUUUACAUGAAACAUCUCCACCUAUAUCUAUUACACAAACAUCACAAACAGCAACCAUGUUAGAUAUUCAAUCUAGCACAAUUGAUCAAGUUAAUUGGACAAGAGAUAAUCAUCAUUCUCAUGUUAAUCAACAACAUCAACUAAUAGAAUCAUCGAUAGAUUCAAUAAAAUCAUCUAAAUGUGUUAUUGAUUCUUCUUCAUAUUCUUUAGAUGAAACUGAUGAUCUAUGUUACAUUAAUCAAUCAAAUGAUCCUAAACGUACUCGUACAGCGUAUACACGUCAACAAAUUUUAGAAUUAGAAAAAGAAUUUCAUUAUAAUAAAUAUUUAACACGAAAAAGACGUCUUGAAAUAGCUCAUACUUUAACAUUAUCUGAAAGACAAAUUAAAAUAUGGUUUCAAAAUCGUCGAAUGAAAUGGAAAAAAGAACAUCAUUUACCAGGGAUGAAACAACGAUUGAUUGAGUCAAGGUCACCAAAUGCUCAUUUUAAUAAAUUGCAUAAUAAUGCCAAUAGUAUAUCCAUUAUGAAUACUACUAAUAAUGGUGGUAAUAAUAACAAUAUUCAUCCGAGUUUAACUUUCCAAGCGUCAUCAUCCUCAUCAUCAGUAUUUUCUAGUCGAUUUCAAUUAAUGUCACAGGAUUUUAAAUCAGAUAAUUUAUCUAAUUGUCCAAUAACUUCUAAUGAAGAUAACACUUCACUGAUGCCACCUGAUCAAUGGUCAUUAAUGGUUUCAAGUAAUUUACAAACUUAUAGCAAUCCAACAAUAAAUACACCUUACCAUUCUUCUUUACCACCAACACAACAUCAUCAUCAUCGACAUACAGAUGGUAACUAUAAUCCAGUUGGUAGAGAUAGUCCGAUUCUAUCUGAUUACGCAUCACCAGCAUUGAAUGUUGAUCACUUACAUAUUCAUUCAAAUCAUUUACACAAUACACAAGAUCAUCAUAAUGAUAACAUUGUCAAUUUAUUUCAAAAUAACAAUAGUGGCAAUAGUAAUACAGUGAAUAAUUUAAGAUAUCCUACUAUGCCAGUAAAUGACAUACAUUUAUCAAAAGCAAUUCGACAAAAUUAUUUAUCGAAUCCAGUAGAAAUGGAUGAACAACAAACUAUGUGUUUGACACGGAAUUAUAGUAAUCACAGUGAUUGUAGCAGUAGUAUAUGCAGUGGACAAAAUAGUAAUUGCGGUAGUAACAGUACUGUUAAUUGUAGUAGUUAUGGAAGAGAAGCAAUUGUUUGAGAACAUUAUAUAUACAUAAUGUCAAAUCAUUUAUUUAUGACAAUAUAUAAUCAUCUAUAUCUACUGAACAUCUGUAAAUAUAUACACUUAACAUUGAACAUACAUUUGGUUGUUUAUUUGAGUGAAAUCACAUAUUUAAACUAUGAACCUUCAGUGAGUACUUCUGAUCAUCUACUUUGUUAUUUAAUAUGUUCUACAGAAAAAAAAGUCGUCGUAUAAAUUACAUUCCAUGUGAAAAGAAAAAAUAAACAACAUGAAGAAAAUUCUAUUAAAACAAGUCUUAUUACUACCACUAUUGCAACUAGUACUACUAGUACUACUACUAAUAUUAAUAAUAAUAGUAAUGUUAACAAUAUGAAAAGAUCAUUAUCAAUGUAUACUACUGAAAUGAAUUAUGACUGUUCAAAAUUAGUUCUAAUGAUAGAUAAGUGAAAUCAUACCAAAAAGGACAUGUCUUCAUAUUUCGAACAUGUUAUCUUAUCCGGAUUCCUUUUUUUGAGUUGUUGUUGUCCUUGUUCUUGUUAAUUCGUUAUCAUGUGAUUUCAUAUUGUAACAAUGUUUAAAUACAGUCAAUGAGGACUUAAAGUAUAUUAAUGCAUUAAACUUUACCAUUUCUUAAUAUUGCAUUACAUUGUAUGAAAGAAAUAAUAAGUUCUCUGCAGUUUAUUUCUUAUAAAAAUACAAAAAAAAUUUCAAAAAAAGAAAAAUGCUAAAAAUUGUUUUCUUUCAAAAAGGAUAAAGAAGCGAACAUAUUUGAUACAGAAAAACAAAAAUGAGCAAACUGAUCAUAUAACCUUUUCGUUCCUUUUUUUUCUUUUUUUUAUUAUUAAUAUCCAAUGAAAAAUUCUGUGUUAGUUAAGACCAAUAAUUAAAAAAGAAAAAAAAGGCGAUAACAUAUGAUUAAUUGUGAAUAAAGUACUAUUUUCCAAAUAUACAAAUCUAUUGUAUUCA